UUCGGUCGUUAAAAUGAUGUUCGUAAAUCAUCUGCUUUUGUGUUUGAUUUCUAUUAGAUCACUAAAGUGUUCAACUGUUUUACUUGUAACUGUCCGAAAAUGUGUAAAUAAAAUAUACGAUUAAAAUAUUAACAGUAUUGUAUUAUAAUUUGUUUUAAAUGGAAUUAAAAUUGGUGUAACCUUACAGAUAAAAUACAAUUAAUACUGUUAAACAAUGGAUUUAAAACAAGGUUCAAGUACUGAUUGGUGUCCUGACGAUUUUGACCAAGAUGAUGAUAUCAAUAGACCAGGCCCUUCUGGAAUGAAACACAACUCUGGUCAUUUUCUGAUUGGUGGUAUGAAGUUUAAAAAUAUCGACUUCAUUAAAGAUACAUUUACAGAUGAUAAUAUUGUAUUAACGGAUACCAACGGUCGUCCAUUUGAUGUAUUAACCAACAAUGAUAUGCAUUCCAUGACAGUUCUUGGCAACCAAGCUACUGAUUUUGGAAUGACCAAACACUCACAAACUGUAAUGCUACCAGAAUACAACAGCAUGACAGAAGUAGGGACUAUGGUAUCAAUGCCAGAACAGUAUUUUCAAAAUGAUUUAUAUCACAUUAAAUCAAAUAAUAUGUCUCAAGUGUCUAAUAGACAUUCAGUCAUGGAUAAUCUAUCACACGACAAUUCUUUAGUACAGAUUGAUCAAUUAUCAUUUAUUCCCAAACAAACUAAUAAUUUUGUUAAUAAUCUGGGAAGUAACCAAGAUAUGAUUUUAGAAACCGGGAACAACCGUUUUCUUUUUUCAGAAAACGGUGGUAGCUAUAUUGAAGUAACCUUGAAAGAAAAUAACGUGUUAAAUAGUAAUGAAAAUGAAUUUUAUACGGUACCACAGUCUAGAUCUGUUCAAGAUAAUCAUAUUGCCCAGAAAAUAGUGUCUAUAGAUGAUUUAAGUUUAUUAUCAUCUCCAAAAUCACAUCAUAAUGUAGAGUUAUUAGUCAAUCAUGAAGAGUUAGUGGAUGAUAUAGACACUUGUGAUAUAGCAGUUGUUGAUGAAUCACAAAUUCCACUCAAUAGUAGUCAGUUAAAAGAUAGAAUCGAUGAAGGAUCUGAAAGUGUUUCACUUGAUGUUGAUCAUCAUCAACAUAGUUCAGGUUUUCAAAGAAUGUCAAAAGAAACAAUUGAAAAGAUAGCAGAAGAAUUCGUUAGACAACCACAAUGUAUUGAUGAAGAUAUAAGUAUUAAUUUUAUCAGUAGAAUUAAUCCAAAACCACCGGCUCCAAUAGAAUAUUGGUGUGAAGAUUGUAAUAAGCUAUAUCAAAAUGAAUCUAACUGUCCAAUACAUAAAGUUAAUAGCAUUAUCGAUCUAGCUGUACAAACUAGAGCUAGAGCAUCAUUACCUGCUACACAUUUAAGAAUUAUGAAAAUUAAAACUCAAGACAAUUUAAAUAAUAAGUUUGGAGUAUUUGCAAGGAAAACAAUUCAAAAACAUACCCAGUUUGGUCCAUUAGAAGGUGUUAAUAUCAAGGAUGAAGAUUGUGUUGAUGAGCCUAUCAAUGAUGAAUUUAAAUAUUUAUUGGAAGUAGAUAAACAAUUUAAACGAAUUGAUGUAUCAAAUGAAGAUAAAUCCAAUUGGAUGUGUUUUGUACAACCAGCAAAAACGAAACAAGAACAGAAUAUGAUUGUUGACCAAAUUGGAGAUUAUCUUUAUUUUACAACUACAAGAGCAAUUUACCAACGAGAAGAGUUACUCGUUGGCUAUAGUACAUUUUAUGCCCACAAACGAGGCCUACAUGUAUUACCUACAGAAAACAAUCAAGGCAUUUCUUCUCAUGUAAGAAAACCGUUUAAAUCGCUGAAAAUAUCGCAGGAGUUGUACAAACAGUCUGAUAAUUUUAGAAAUAACAUAACAAGCAAAGGAAAAAUGAUGAGAAUAUCAUCAACGAAUUGCAAGCAUAUGACAAUAAAAAGAAAAUUAUCCAAUCGAUUUGGAAAAAAUAAUGCACAAUGUAAUCUUUGCAUUAAUGCACAGAAUAAUUCUAAAAACAACAAUAGAAUGAAAUUAAGAUCGAACAAUAGUAUCAAAAAUAUUUGGAUAUGUGUAGCCUGUGAUUUGAAAUUCUCAAAACGCGAGACAAUUUUAAUACAUAGCAAAAUGCACGAAGAUGAGUUUGAUGUCGAACGAGUAACGCUAACCGAUACCAGUUGUCCUGAAUGUAAUUCUGAGUUUCAUCUAACUGAAGAUCUAAUUAAACACGUUUACAUACACAGUUUCACGGAUAAUCGAAUGGGCCUAGGUGGUACCAUUUACAACUGUUAUCAGUGCGAAAGAAGAUAUAGGAAUGCUAUUCAUCUAAAGGCACAUCAAGCAAAACACAAAGAAAAUGAUCUUAAGCCUUACAAAUGUAACAUGUGUGACAAGCGUUUUAUGAACACUGUCGUCUUAACGUGUCAUGUGCGCACUCAUUUUGAGGGUGUAAUUUACGACUGUCCCAUGUGCCGUUUGACGUUUGUCGAUUUGAAAUCAUUAAAGGGACACGUAUAUUCGCACGCGGUGAACAACAUCUUCUAUUGCCCGAUGUGCCCACUCCAAUUUAAUACUUAUAAAUUGAUCAGAAAGCACAUCAGAGCUCGGCAUCAUGGCAUUGAGUUUGGAUGCGAAUAUUGCAAUAGUUCGUUCAACAGUCGUUUCAAUCUCAAUUUACACAUGCUUAGUCAUUCGGAUCAAAGGGAUUUUUUGUGCACCAUGUGUGGUAAACAGUACAAGAGGAAAGACAAACUAAAAAUACAUAUGAACAAAGUUCAUUACUCCAAGAAAAAACCAUCGAAAACUCAAUUAAAAUUAGAUGCUAGAGCAGCGAGAAAAGCACAACAAAUUGAAUUAAAAACAACAAAAACAAUGUUGGAAUAUGAAGGUUCGGAGUUCAGGUGCGAUAAAUGUUUGGUGGGUUUUAAAAGAAGAGGCGUUUAUGUCAAUCAUUUAGUAUCGAGACACCCUGAAAUAAAUCUUGACUCUGUACCGUCACUCAACCAACCGGUGUUGCCUAAAGCUAAAAUGUACAUGUGUUUGUACUGUGAUAAAAUGUAUAAAACGAAUGCCAAGCGGAAAUCGCACAUACUUAAAAAUCACCCGGAUUGCGAACUUCCAGAAAAACCAACUGAUAAAACGGUCACUAUUGAUGACAGCCCCUCCAGUCAAGUGGAUUCUAGCACUGUUGCUACUGGGUCGUCCCAAGCGCACAGCUGCCAGUGGUGUUACAAACAAUACGUGCUAAGAAAUAAACUUUUAAGACACCAACGGGCUCAUCACUAUCACCUGUUGCCUCCGUCUCUACAAGAACCACAACCAUCAAAAAAAUUGGGGCAUAAAGUUAAAAAAAUAGAACAUCCUCCUCAAACAGUCAAUAUUCAGUUUACAGAUACGGACGGUUUCGAAUUAACUGCCACCGACAUACAGCUGGACAAUCCAAUCGAGCCGGGCAGCAUAAUAGCCAUCAAACGGCCCAUAAAAGAUAAUGCCGAGUACAUGUCGCAGGCCAUGCAAGACUUGGGCUUAAGCGCGGCCAAUGAUAGUUUGAACGAAGAACAGUACUACCGGAUAUUGGACACGCAAGGUGAUGUGGCUUACGCGCAGGCCAUUGAUCCGCCGGUCACUUUACUGACGUUUGACGGCCAGACCAUUCAACAGGUGCUGUCUUCGUGCAGCACGGCUACGGUACCGACUACUGACGGCUGCGCGACAACUACAUCGACCGAAAGCAGUUGCACGACAACGACUGAAGGUCUUCAGUAGUAAUAAUACCACCGCGACCACCGCCGCACGAUCGUGAUCGUCGUAUUAAUAGGUGCUUAUUAUGUCCAUGACUUUUAAGUGGUGGUUGUCGUACGUCAAAAACCGUACUUGCUUGCUCUAUAUUUUUUUUUUGUAGAGUGGAUUCGGUUUUGUUGAGACAAAAAUGUCCGCGUAUUGAUCGUUCAUGUUUCAGUCGAGUCAUACAUCGUUUUAAUAUAAUAUAAUUCCUCUCCUUUUCUUUUGAUAUAUUUAAUAUAAUUCUUUUAAUAGGGAUACAAUUUUAGCUUUGGUUGUUGACUGGAAGAACUUCCUUAUUGUUUCUUGUAACGUACCAAUUUACACUAGUGUUACCGACUUUCGGUCAGCCCGCAAGUCAAAUACGAAUAAUGGUGUCGACUUAAAUAAAAAUAAGUAUUACAUGAGUUUCGAACUAAAUGCGACAAACACUCGCUAAUAUGCAUACUUAAUAUAUGAUUUAUGUAUGUGUUUGUCCGUGUAUAGGUAUAAUGACGCAAUAAGAUGUUUCUCUUAUUUUUGAGAUUUUUGUCCGUACACAGAUACACACAUAAUUUUAUUUCGGCAACUAUCUUUGCCAUAGUGUAAUGUGCUACGAAUACGAUCACUGUAACGUUUUGAUUUCAUACUUGAAUAUGUUACAUUAGUCAGGCUUAUGUACAUCUACUAGUGUUUGCGGAUUUUAAAAAUAUUGUAUUUUAUAACAUAACCAUAAUAUAUGUGUUCCAAAUCACAAGUUCCUUGUUUAUAAUAAAUGUGUGAUAUUAUUGUUUUUAUUUUUACAUGCUUUCUCUUGCUUGCUCUGUUUUGAAAACAAAUCUAAGUCAUUGUUAUUUUGAAGUUUAUCUUUGCAUAAACAGUGAUUUAUAAUAGUUUCUCAAUUUUAUAUUAAAAUUGAAUGUAAAUAUUUUAAAUCUUCAUAAUAUUCCUACAGCUUUAUUUUUAUAACUUUAUACGAAAUCUAUUAACAGAUGGGGAAAUAUAACAGCUAAGAGUAUCAGGUAUAGUUAGGUAUAUCACCUUUAUGAAACUUGAUAAUAUUCAAUUUACUUUUUACCUAUAAUUUUCUUAAAGUUUAUCUUCUCCACAUUGACUAUCUAUUAAUUUAUAAUCUUAAAUAAUUAUCUAAUUAAGAUUAUUAAUAAAAUUAUUGACGUUGA